GGCAUCUUGGUUAUUGAGGCAGGAAGUAGGCCCUCGUCCUCUUCCGCCGCCUGACUGAAACACGAGUGUUCGGCUUUUCUGUCUUGAGCUAAAAUACCGGAACGACGGGCAAAGCAUAGCUGACAAACAUGAAACCCAUCUUGCUCCAGGGCCAUGAGAGGUCCAUCACUCAAAUCAAGUACAACAGAGAAGGAGACUUGCUCUUCUCUGUAGCCAAAGACACUGUUGCCAACGUGUGGUACUCUGUCAACGGUGAGAGGCUCGGUACCUACAAUGGACAUACAGGAGCUGUGUGGUGUGUUGACUGCGACUGGGACACUAAAAAUGUGUUAACAGGCUCAGCAGACAACAGCUGUCGACUGUGGGACUGUGAGACCGGUAAACAGCUGUCCCAGCUCAACACCAACUCUGCAGUCAGAACGUGCGGCUUCGACUUCAGCGGCAACAUCAUCAUGUUCUCCACAGACAAGCAGAUGGGCUACCAGUGCUAUCUGAACUUCUUUGACCUGAGGGACCCACAGCAGAUAGAGGACAACCAGCCGUAUCUGUCAAUACCUUGCAGUGAUCACAAAAUCACCAGUGCUGUGUGGGGACCUCUGGGAGAGUUUGUCAAUGCUGGCCAUGAGAACGGAGAGAUCAACCAGUUCAGCGCCAAGUCUGGAGAGAUCAUAAAGAAGAUCAAGGAGCACACCAAGCAGAUCAAUGACAUCCAGACAUCAGUGGAUCUCACCAUGUUCAUCACUGCCUCCAAGGACAACUCUGCCAAGUUGUUUGACUCCACUUCUCUGGACCACAUCAAGACAUUUAAGACAGAAAGACCAGUCAACUCUGCUGCCAUCUCCCCCAUCAUGGAUCAUGUGGUGAUGGGAGGUGGACAGGAAGCCAUGGAGGUCACCACCACCUCCACCAGGAUUGGCAAGUUUGAGGCCAGAUUCUUCCAUGCUGCAUAUGAAGAGGAGUUUGGCAGGGUCAAAGGUCAUUUCGGCCCAAUCAACUGUGUGGCAUUCCAUCCUGACGGCAAGAGUUACAGCAGUGGAGGAGAAGACGGAUAUGUAAGGAUUCAUUACUUUGACCCACAGUACUUUGACUUUGAACUGGAGGCGUAAAGCAUCAGCCUACCCAAACCCACAACUUCAACUAACAUCAGACUGAGUCCAUUCAGGAAGAAGGAAUAAACAAGUGUAUCUACAGUUAAACACCUGACACCUACUUCAUCUGAACCAAAGGUUGGCAAGCAGUGAUUGACAUUCUGUAUCCUCAUCACAGAUCAAAUAAAGAAAAAGGAGUACUGACCACUCACAGCUGCAUCUUUGUGACAAGUGUGAUAUUUACAGAAAAUUAAUUUUGUAAACAUUGAGAACUUUUCAGUUUUUUAUAUUCUGGAUGUGCACGGUGUUUGCAACUGGACUUAAACACACAAUCCUGAAGUGUAUUUAAUUUCACAAUUUGAAUUAUUAAUGCAUCUUUUGUUUUGAAACCAUUCCAUCACAAAUAACUAAAAUUACUUAUUAAAA